AUGUCGCAGAUACCAACUCCUCCACAAUCUCGUGGCGCAUCUACUGAGCCCAAUGAGAAAAUCGACAUUACGCGUGACGAAAAAGUCCAGUUACUCGAUAACUUACUCGAGCGCUAUCUCCACUUACUAGACACACACCAAAAGCUUCAAGAAUCACUAGGGAAACAAUUAUCAUCUGGAUUCUUCCAACUCGCACAUGCAAACUAUGUCUCACCCGGUCGAAGGUUUGGGGAGGACUUUUAUGAUGAGCGGAUGAAAGCGACGAGGAGAUUGAAUUUUACUUCUUUGCUGGAUGAUGAGCAGUCGGACUCGGAUAGGAUUGAAGCUCGAGUUGAUAGAGUACAGUUUGAGGUGGAGUACAAAUCUGUCCUCGAUAAAAAGGAUAAUAAUGAAAAAGAUAAAACGGAGGAUGGCGAUGAGAAGGAUGCGAAGAGUUCCGCUACGGAGAUAGUGGCCGGUUCUGAUAAUGAGACCGAACAAGAGACAUCAGCAUCGGGAAUCGCAACACCGCCUACACAAACCCAGGACAUCAACAGGGAUAAUGACAAUGAUAAAGGCAAAGAUUCUACAGUAGCGGACGAAUCUACCAAAAACUCCACCAAAAAGAAGAUCUUCCGCUCCGAUGAUCCAAUUUCCUGGUAUGGGAUUCUCGUCCCCUCGUCGCUGAAAAGUGCUCAAAAAUCGUUUAUUGAGGCUGUUGAUGGCGGCAUUCCGCAGAUCGUCAGUGUGAUGCAAGACAUGCGGUGUGUGGAGGAUAUGGUUUAUGAGCUGAGGAAGGAAAUAGAAGGGUCGACUAAAGCUGAAUAA